AACAAUCUAGGAAAGUUCUCAGCUUCUAGUGGGACCUGAACUGAAUUUAGACUGUCUGUUUGAACAGUGGGCCACCCUUAUAAAGGCAUUAAACAGGUGUCAGCCUGAUUAUUGCAAGUGGGAAAAGGUGGCCUCCCUCUAGUGGCUGGAGGACCACCAGCGCCCCCUUACACUGUGGACUUCGACUGGGAUAAAAGUACAGAAGCUUUUAUGAAAUGAAAAUAUUCUCCUGAAAUUCAUCACCAACAACCAGGAUAGACAAAGAGCAAUGUUAAACUGCUGAAAGAUGUGAAGCAAAAGCCGUCCAGAAGAAUCUUCAGAACACGCAGAAGAAAGAAGAAGAAGAAACACGCAGAAACAGUUUGCUAUGUUUAACAGACAAAUGAAGCCAUGUCCUGACAUGGAGAAACAAAAGCACUCUGUCAAGAGUUUCACUAAACAGAGUAAUCUCAAAAUUCACCAGCGCAUUCACACAGGAGAGAAACCGUAUCACUGCUCAGACUGUGGGAAGAGUUUUAGUAAACAGAGUAAUCUCAAAAACCACCAGCGCAUUCACACAGGAGAGAAACCAUAUUGCUGCUCAGACUGUGGGAAGAGAUAUACUGCACAGAGUAAUCUCAAAAUUCACCAGCGAAUUCACACAGGAGAAAAACCGUAUCACUGCUCAGACUGUGGAAAGAGUUUUAAUAAUCAGAAUGCUGUCAAACUGCAUCAGCGCAUUCACACAGGAGAGAAACCAUAUUACUGCUCAGACUGUGGGAAGAGUUUUAAUCAUCAGAGUAAUCUCAAAAUACAUCAGCGCAUUCACACAGGAGAGAAACCGUAUCACUGCUCAGACUGUGGGAAGAGUUUUACUUUACUGAGUACUCUCAAAAAACACCAGCGCAUUCACACAGGAGAGAAACCGUAUCACUGCUCAGACUGUGGGAAGAGUUUUACUUUACAGAGUACUCUCAAAAAACACCAGCGCAUUCACACAGGAGAGAAACCGAAUUACUGCUUAGACUGUGGGAAGAGUUUUACUCAACAGAGUAAUCUUCGAAAUCACCAGCGCAUUCACACAGGAGAGAAACCGUAUUACUGCUCAGACUGUGGGAAGAGUUUUACUCUACAGAGUACUCUCCAAAUACACCAGCGCAUUCACACUGGAGAGAAACCGUAUUACUGCUCAGACUGUGGGAAGAGUUUUACUCAACAGAGUACUCUCCAAAUACACCAGCGCAUUCACACUGGAGAGAAACCGUAUCACUGCUCAGACUGUGGGAAGAGUUUUACUCAACAGAGUAAACUCAAAAAACACCAGCGCAUUCACACAGGAGAGAAACCGUAUCACUGCUCAGUCUGUGGGAAGAGUUUUACUCAACAGAGUACUCUCCAAAUACACCAGCGCAUUCACACUGGAGAGAAACCGUAUCACUGCUCAGACUGUGGGAAGAGUUUUACUCAACAGAGUAAACUCAAAAAACACCAGCGCAUUCACACAGGAGAGAAAACUCCAGGGAGUUUAGGAGUUCAGUUCUGAAGAAUGGAAAAAACGUAGUCUUUAAAAUUGAGAUGUCAUAGUGAGUAGGGUUCUUAGCUGGCAACUAAAUGUUUAGGACCAAACCUUCAGAGUUUAUGAUUUUAAUGCUUUUAAUCCCCUUUCUAGUAUAUGCAGAUUUGAUUAUUUCUAUUAAUUUCUAGUAUCUGUUUUUACUCUGUGGAAGCCGUACAAAGUUCCCUGAGGUUAGCAUAGCUUAGCUUAAUACUAUUAACCACUAGGCCCAUUUGUAUGAAAGAAGAAGUGAAAACACCACCUGAGGAACUCCAGAGAGAGUGUGCUCCCAAAAGUGAGACCCAGAGCCGCAGAGAGACGACACUGGGCUUGGGUACUGCCGUGUGGACCGGAGGAGCAUCCAGACCCCGCAGAGAGGCCAACUAAAUCCUUUCCAGAGGUUAAAUAAAAUGCUCCAGCCAUAGUUCUCAUACUGAAAUCAACCCCCUCCAGGCUUGUGUAGCGCAGUAAGGUUGCAGGCUCAUUCACUCCCUCUGAUGGUGUUCUCAUUUGUCUAUGGUUCAGUCGUUCUGAUUAAAAAUCUGUUACCAUA